AUGUUUCCUGAUUUCCACACUAUAAAAGAGGCUGCCUCCUCGACCAAAGCAAGCAGGAGAGGGAAGAGGAGACUAGGACAGCCACCGGGACCUCCGAGAAGCCCAGAUACCAAGAGAGAAAAUGUUUCAAAUUGCGGGCCUCAUUGUCUUCUGUGGGCUGCUGGCCCAGACCACGGCACAGUUGGGAGCACUGCCCCUGGACGACAACUUGCCCGCGGUUCCUAUUUCGACUCUUUCAGAUCUUCCUGCAAGUUUGAUUAGUGGUCUCAGCGACAACCUGCUCUCUGGGGGUCUGUUGAACAGUCUCCAAAAGCUUCCGCUCUUGGACACCCUGAAGUCUGGAGCGGAUGCUUCCAGUGGCCUGGUGGGAGGCCUGUUUAGGAAAGUGAAUUCAGUGACCUCUCUCUUGAACAAUAUCAUUGAUUUGAAGAUUACUGAUCCCCAGCUGCUGGAACUUGGCCUUGUGCAGAACCCUGAUGACCUUCGUCUCUAUGUCACCAUCCCCUUGGGCCUGGUCAUCAAUGUGAAAACGCCCCUGGUCGGAAGUCUGUUAAAGCUGAAGGUGAAGCUAAACAUCACUGCAGAGGUCAAAGCUGUGGAAGAUGACCAGAAGAAUGUCCACCUGGUCCUUGGCGACUGCACUCACUCCCCUGGCAGCCUGGAAAUCUCCCUGCUUGAUGGACCUGUCUCCCUCCCUGCUCAAAACCUUCUUGACAGCAUCACCAGGAUCCUGGAUAAAUCCCUUCCUGAGCUGGUGCAGGGCAAAGUGUGCCCUCUGGUCAAUGAGGCUCUCAGCCACUUGGAUGUCUCCUUGGUGCAGUCCCUUGUCGGUAAGCUGAUCUCCGGCCAACUUGUCAUCAAGGUCUAAGCCUUCUGGGAAAGGGCCUGGCCUCUGCUGAGCUGCAGAAACACUUCCUGCUGCUUGAUCCACUGCUAGGCUGCUGAGGGCUCACAGCAGGCUGGCCCAAGUCCCAGACAAUGACACAGCCACGUUUGGAGACCAGAGCAGCCUUCUCCCCAAGGAAACAGCUCUCCCGGCUUUCCCACCACGCAUGUGUUCCUUUCCAUGUUCCCUGCAAAAUAAAAUUGCUUUCUCUGUA